GUUUGACGUUUCGGUAUUCAAGCAGCCAACUCAUCCGUGUUUUUACGAAAUAUUGAAAAUUACAUUAUAGCUAGUAAUGGGAUUUGUUUAAUUUUUUACUGAAAGUGUACGUAUAAGAAUUACAAUAAAAUGGAGGUGCAAUAUCUCGCUUUGCUAUUUAGUAUUUUUUGGUACGGGUGUGACGCUAUUAUGUGGAGUUUGCCUCCCAACACUCAAAAAUGCUUAAAAGAAGAAUUACAAGCCAAUGUUCUUGUUGCCGGUGAAUAUGAAGUCACAGAACUUGUCGGUCAACGAAUUGAUUAUGUCGUAAGAGACUCAAAAGGUCAUAUUCUUGCACAAAAAGACAACAUUAAUAAAGGCAAAUUUACAUUUGUAACAGAGACAUACGACACAUUUGAAGUAUGCUUCAUAUCCCGAGUGCCUCCAGAAAGGAGGGGAGUACCUCAAGAUGUAAACUUAGAUAUAAAAGUUGGAAUAGAAGCAAAAAAUUAUGAAGGUAUUGGUGAAGCUGCCAAAUUGAAACCAAUGGAAUUAGAGUUAAAAAGAUUGGAAGAUCUGUCGGAGGCUAUUGUUCAAGACUUUACACUGAUGAGAAAAAGAGAAGAAGAAAUGAGAGACACUAAUGAGUCAACAAAUAACAGAGUGUUGUUCUUCAGCAUAUUCUCUAUGGUAUGCUUGUUGGGGCUUGCCACGUGGCAGGUGCUCUACCUCCGCAGGUACUUCAAGGCUAAGAAACUCAUUGAAUAACACUGUACUUUGUGAGGGUAGUCACACAAAAUAUUAGUUAAUUUGAACAAUUGAGUAACAGCACAAACUUAUUAUUUCGCAAUUAUAGCUUUUAUUAUACGGCGUGGCGUUACAAUGACGACAUUAAAUAAACACACGGGUAGUACUACUUAACCGUAAUCAUAAAAAAAAUAUUCAAAAUAAAAUACGUAUUUCUCCUACAUAAAUCAAUUUUCCAUAAUAUCAUUUCGGAACAACCUGUCAGAUAUCAAGUAGCCGCGUGCUAGCACACUGCACUGACACUUUAGUUAAUCAUGUGCUGAUCACUGUUAAAACAACGCACGAGCCGAGGGUAGCGUGCCGCGGCAACGGCCGGCAAGUGCCAGAAACGAAUUGUAGUCGUUUCCCUUUCUUUCCUCCCCAUAAAAAUAUGCCGCCUUAUGUCAACACGAAGGGGUGAUUAAUUUUUGUUUCCUAAAUAUAUAAUUUGAUUGUUUGAAAAUUUCAAGUAUUUACUUUACAUUUUUUUACGAUUAAGGUUAGAUACCUGCUGCAACCGUGUGUUCAUUUAAUGUCGGGAUAAUAGCGCCACCUAUUUAUUUAAAUAUUUGCUCUUAGUUAUCUAUAGUAUAUCUUAAAGUACAUUUACAAGCGAACCUCAAUCAAUAAUUUGACUUAAUAAGUGAAAUUGUAAAAUAUGCUAUCCGCAAUGUUCCUUAUUUGUAAUAAUAAUUAAUUUAAGUUAAGGGUACAUUAAUAUAUUAUAUCAAUAGAUAAAACUUAUUCGUCCAUUCUAUUACCAUCAUUAUAUUUAUACAAAAGAAGGGAGGUCUUUUCUGCUGUUUUAAUAACUAGCAAACAUUUUUUGUUUUGGAAUUGGAUUUUUUUUAUACAUAAGACUGCUACUAUCCCAUUUAUAAGAUAGAUCAUGCAUUUUCUCAUCUCUCAUAGUAUUAAUUUGAGGUUAUAAAAUAUUGUGUGACUACCCGAUAGAUCUCGUGACGAUUCACGUGACAAUACAGUAAAUAUAAAUUACUUUAACAUAAUUAAUAUUUAAACACUUUUGUUGUUUGUAUAUGAAUGUUUUUGUCUAUGAUUGUAAAAAGUUUUGAAUA